AUGGCGGCGUCCCACCAGCUACUCGUCUUCCUCCUUGUGGCGCUCGCCGCCAGCGGCAGCAACGGCGCCGUCGCCGCUGCGGGCGACGAUGACGAUGUGCAGCUGCGGAAGGUAGCCCUGUCACAGGCCAUCGAGGUCCUUUCCCGCUACCGCCCGGAGACCACCGAUGCCGAGACCCUGAAGCGGGCCGUGGCGGUGGUGAACCGGGAGGCGCAGGGGUACUGGAAGCCCAUCUUCAACAACGUCAACAAGGUGAUGCACAGCGGCGUCGACGACUGCACCAAGGACGAGGCGUUCGCCACGGCCAAGGCGCUGCUCAACCGCGAGCUCGGCCAAGGCCCAGACGCCAUCAAGAUGGACUUCGAGUACGUGUGA